AUGGACGCGCCGACAGAGCCAAACAAACGAGUCUUUGAUCCUCAAACAAACCUUAACUGCAAUGCGCAGAUCAGGCAGCUCGUGUUCCCGGACGAAAUCGUGCAUUAUGAGGCUGAAGCAGGAGUCACGAGGCUGUUGUUCUAUAGCGAAGUUAGACCCUACAGCUCUUAUUUUCUACGACGACUCGCCGAGUUACAUGAUGAUACCAUCGUGGUCAGCAUUGCGGGGGUGGUUCGAGCAAAUGAGAAGACGAAGAUGAUCGCAGCGUUCGGUGUGCAUUUCGGGGGAGACGCGUCGAAGUAUAAUGUCAAGGGGCUCGUGCCGGGUACGCUGCCACAGACGAGUCAAGUUGCGGAGCUGUACGCGUUGAAGCUGGCGAUUGAUGCGAUGAUGGAUAUCUCGGAUGAGGCCCCGGUUGAGAUCAAGCAGCUGGUCAUUAUGACAGAAUCUCUGUAUCUCACGCAGGGACUAAGCAAGGAUAUUUGGAAGUGGGAGCAGAAUGGCUGGCGUACGAACAAGAAGACUCCGGUUGCGAAUGUGAAAGCCGUGAAGGAGUUGCAUGGCGUCAUCAAGGAUUUGGAGGGGCAGGGUAGGAAGGUGGAGUUCUGGAUGGUGGAUAGGAAGUUUAAUGACAAAGCUUCCUUCUUGGCAAUCGAAGCACUUGUUGAGGGAGGUGUUGAAGUUCAGGAAGUCAAAGGAAAGAAGAAAGCCAAGAAGUCGAAGAAGCCGAAGAAGAAGACGAAAGCAGGUAGUGGAGAUGGAAACAAGCCUGGGGACAAUCUCGAAGAUGCGAAGACGGAUGGAGAUGAACAAGGAAGCAAGGAAGGAAGCAAAGGAUGGGAUUGUUGA